AUGAUAUUAUUACAGAAAAAAAUAGGUAAAACUAGUUUAUUGAUUAAUGGCAGCAUAAAUUCCAAAGCCAGUGCAAAUAGUUCCAAUGUUGAUAAUAUUGAGCCUGAUAUAUUCAACUUUACGAAUGUUAGCAUAAAAACUGAAAAUCAUGACAAGAAAUCAGAAACUUCGAUGGUGAAAAUUUUUUCUAAUGAUACUAAAGAUGUUUCCGAGAAUAAGACUCUAAAUAAUGAUUUUAAAAAAUUAGAAAUACCGAAUAGCACUUGUAACUUUUCCAAAUAUGAUAAAUGUAAAGAUUUAAUGAUAGUCAAGCCAACUUCAAUCGAUAGUGAAGAUAUAAUCAUUAAUAAAAGGACAGAAAUAGCAUCAGGUAAUUUGAGCGACUCAAAUUUAUACUUUAAUAAUGGAUCUGACCGGUUAAUUAUUAUCACGCCAACAAUCAUCAAGGGAGAAAAUAUUCUGAACAAAGAUCAAAAUACGAGCAUAGGAAUAAAACAAAUAUUGGAUAGCAACUUAAAAAACUGUACGAAUGGCGACGGAAAUGAAUUAAACAAUCCAGAAAUUUCUUCAUCAGCUAUGGAUUAUAGCAGUAUUUUAUAUGAUGACAUUGAUGACAAUACGGAUGAUGAAAUUCAAGAUAAAGAUAACAGAAAAUGUUACGGUGAACUAGGUUGUCUCAGCAUAACUCCCACCUGGUAUCAUACACUGAAUCGAAAUUUAAAUAAACUCCCACUACCACGAGAAGUUAUUAAUACUAGUAUCAUAAUUUAUACACGUGAAGAUCCUACCAAGGGUCAAGUUAUUGUUGUGAGUAAAAUAAAAUCAGUAGAACUAAUAAAUUUUAACCCAAAACGCAAAACUAAAUUUAUUAUCCACGGAUUUAAUAGCUCACCACAUGUGCCCUGGGCGAAGGAUAUGAAAAAUGAACUUCUUCAACAUGAUGAUUUCAACGUAAUUGUCGUAGAUUGGACUGGGGGUAGUUCAAUAAUUUUAUUUUAUACCCAAACAGCCGGAAAUACUAGACUUGUUGGCUUGGAAAUCGCGUAUCUCAUCAAAUAUCUCCAUAUUAAAUAUGGCUUGAAAUUGAACGAUGUUCAUCUAAUAGGCCACAGUCUUGGCGCUCAUAUUGCAGGAUACGCUGGAGAAAAAUUGCACGGUAAAAUUGGACGCAUAUCAGGGCUAGAUUCAGCUAUGCCAGAUUUUGAGAAAAUGCCCAUUCAUGUACGUUUAGACCCUACUGAUGCAAAACUUGUUGAUGUUAUUCACACUGACAGCUCAAGAAUUGUACGGCUAGGAAUAUAUCAGCCCUGUGGUCACUUGGAUUUUUAUCCCAAUGACGGUGAUGACCAGCCAGGUUGUUCGGAGUCAUUUUUCGGAGAAGUUUGCGAUCAUACUCGCGCGAUAAAACUUUUUACCGAGAGUAUUAACUCCAAGUGUCAAUUUAUAGCUCAUGAAUGUCCGAGAUAUGAGGAUUUUAUAGAAGGACAAUGUUUCUUGUGCAAUAAUACCAACAGUGUUAAUUGCGGUAUUAUGGGAUAUCAUGCUGAUAAAAGUCCCACUUUGUUACAGAAAUUAAUUCCCGAAGAAUCUGCUAUUAGACCACCAAAGUUUUUUAUUUCUACUGGAAGACACUACAGGAUAACAAUUAAAUUGGCAAAACCAUUUAUAGCAAAAACUUUCAUGCAAGGUUUGAUGAAUGUUACAUUUUAUGGAGAUAAUGGGAUUAUUAAAAACAUGGAAAUCACCCCAUAUGGUCGACGAAUAAAAUUAAUCCACGGGUCAACAAAACAAAUAAUAGCACUGCCUCCAGAAAAUACUGAAUAUUCAAUAGGAAAAAUACGGAAAGUUGAAUUAUCUUGGAUCUACGACAGUAAAUAUACAGAUUUUCUUUAUAUCUGUAUUUUCUGUAACGAUGUGUUAUAUGUUGAAAGUAUUAUUGUUGAUAUUUUGGAACUUAUACCAGAACGGAAGAAAAGGGAAAUGGAGUUAUCAAGUGAACUCUGCUCGAUUCAAGGCCCCAAAAAAUACGCUGCAAUUUCGAGUGGCUCAAGCGCUCCUUUUCGAUUUGAUUCCCGACAAAACAACCUGGAUUUUAACAAACCAUCGCCGUUUGCUGGACAAUCAUUUUCACGAUCUGCUCAACAAUCCUCGGGCUUGUGCCCGGAAAGAACUGGAAGGUUUCCGGUACCCAACCAGUGCGAUGCUUACAUAGAAUGUAUUGAUGGCGAAGGUGAACAAAAAUUUUGUCCUGAAGGCCUCCUUUUUAAUCCCGAUGCGCGGUUUAAUUAUCCAUGCGGCUAUCCUAUUGACAUUAGCUGUGAAGGACGUCCCAACCUACAGCCGGCUCAACCCACUGAUGACUGCCCUCAUCAAUAUGGUUACUUUAAGGUCGGCCAAAGUGCCGCAGAUUGCGGUCAAUUCAUGAAUUGCGCCGGAGGGGUUGGUUACAUGUUCAAUUGUCCAGAAGGUUUGGCCUUCAAUGCACAAAGUUACAGGUGUGAUUGGCCGGAUCAAGUUGCUGAUUGUGACGUUGAAGCUUUCUUGAAAUUCACUUGUCCACCGUCACCGUCCGAUGAGAAUCAGAACCUCUUUGCAGUAAGUGAACCUGUAAGGUUCUUCAGAAGCCCCAAUGACUGUCAAAGAUAUUUCAUCUGUGUGAACGGUAAACCGCGUCUUCAAAAUUGUGGCGAAGGUAACGCCUUCAAUGAGUUAAUCAACGCCUGUGACGCUGCUGAAAAUGUUACCGGAUGUGAACCGCCUUUUAUACCUGACCAAGAAGAAGAAGAACCCCUUAGGUUCCAAGCACCAAGACGUUUUAACACUGGACCGCAAGCUGCGCAAAAAGGACGAGUUAGACUGUUUUAA